AAAGGGGGGCAAUGAAAAUUUUCCUCUCGCCGUAGCAAGGGCAACGCUACUCCGUCUGGCGUGUUUUGAUUCAACAUUUCCAUUCUAUUUUGCGUGAAAAGUUGGGAAAAAGUGUUUCUUUCCAUUUGGCUUUCUGUUCCGCUGACUGGAACGGUGUUUGUGCAAUGGUGACGAUUCAGUAACCCUCGCGAAACGUACACACACACCAGACACAGCAGCAACAACAACAACAACAGCAGCAGCAGCACACAGUACACAGCAGUGCGUAGACGGGGUGCGACGGUGCGAUGUCGCUCUUUCGCAAGCCCAAAAAGCCCAUCCAGCGGCGCGUUUUCAGCGGCUACGAUGAUGAGGACGAGGAAAACCACGGCUCGUCGGCGAAGGAUUCGGGCCACCCGAACGGUGCCGGCAACGGGACACAAAACGGUACCAGCGUCGACCGGUCCACACCGAUGGACGUUGACCCCGUGCCGGAAGGUCCGGCGGUAGCGACGGCAUCGGUCGCACCGUCCUCCUCCUCAUCCAAGCGAAAAGAGCACCGUGCUGCGGCGGACUCUGGCUCGAAGGGCUCGUCGUUGAAAGCGAACCCGAGCACCAAACCCUCUUUGCUUAGUUUCGACGACGAAGGUAACAAAAAGCCUCUAAUUUAGCUCUUCACGUACCUAAGAAACACACGCGUACACGCGUAGCCCAAAAAUGAAGCAUUAUAGCCCAUCGUCCCCCCCGGUGGCAGUGGUGCGCAAUAGUGUUUUUGCGUGAGUGGAGCAAGAUCGACCACAAUUAGAUCGAAGAAGGAAGAGGGAAAGCGCUUCCCAGUAGUGUUUCCCAAAGCCAAGAAGAAAAUGGUGGCGAAAAAUGCACUGAAAGUGUGUGUUUAAUUUGUCCAGCAUUGAGUAGAAGAAAUAUGCGAAAUUGUUGCAGUGGAUGUCCCCUCACUGCCCAGAAGAGAGUGUGUGUGUGUGUGUGUUUGUUUGCCGAAAUGCGAAAACGCCAAAUUGCAGGACGGAUGUUUAUUUUUUGCUAUUAUUUAAAACCGCAGUUUCCGUCGUGCAGCUUCCCCACCCCCCUCGAUCCGCAACCGCAAGGGACGCAUUUAAUGGCACUUUUUUUUCUUCUUUCCGUCCGUCUUUCUUCUUCUUUCUCUUUAUUUUCCGUACCCAUCCCCUCGCUCACACCGCACACAGAGGAGGGCGGCGAAGUUUUCCAAGUGAAAAAGUCCUCCCACAGCAAGAAGGUGAUGAAAACGCUCGACAAGGAACGGCGCCGGAAGCGGCACAUGGAAAAGGGCAACGGCAGCGGACUGGCCGGACCGGCGCCAGGAUCAGCGUCCGGUGGAGCGGGUGCAGUGGACCAGGCCAAACCAACGAGCGCACCGCACCGAAAGCAGCCUUCAUCGUCGGCAUCGAGCGUGGCGGGCUCGUCGGCUCACGGUGGUACCGCCGACAGUAAUGAUAAGAUAAAAAGAGAAAAGUGUGAAAAUUCUAGCUCUAAUAUCCAAACAGAAAUACGCACAGACGACUUUGUGGUAAGCUGGUGGUCAAGAAAUCGGACCCUGAGAAUAUGAUCCUGAACGGGCGGGCGGCACUGUGCGCCGGGCGGAACGAUAUGUCGUCGGAGGAUGACGGGAACGAGGAGGACGAAACGGAUGGACGGAUGCAGCAGCAGCACCAGCAUCAUCAUCAUCGGUUUGCGAAGCCGCAGGACAACUUUAAGAUGUGUCUGGAAAACGGUGUCAUACCGGACGCGGCCAUGAUUCAUGCCGCACGCAAGCGACGACAGAAAGCGCGUGAACAAGGCGAAUUUAUUCCGGUCGAGGAGCCGAAGGAGGACAAGACCAAAAAGCGAACCGUGCAAGAGGACGGCGAUGGCGAUGGGUCCGAUGAGGAUGACGACCGUAUCGACAUGUCGGCCAUAACCGGUGCCAAAGAGCGCGAGGAACGGCGGGAACAGUUUUACGCCGUUCAGCGUGAAGAUUCCGAUGCGGAAGAUUCCGACGUGGAAACGAAGGAAUGGGAAAAUCAGCAAAUACGCAAAGGCGUCACCGGGGCACAGCUCGUAUCGGCACAGCAAGAAUCCGUCAUAUCGCAGUACUUAAUCGGCGGCAGCUUUAGCCAAACGUUCCAGAACAAAUCCACCCUACUGCUGGACGAUCAGCGGGCGGGCGACGAUGGAACUGGCGAGUUCCGAGCACUGUCAACCGCUGCCCUGCUCGAAAAAGCGUACGCAGCGUCGAGCGGCAUCCGAUUGGCCGGUACCGGCGCUGGCAGCAAGCGUACCACGAAUGCGUCCAGCAAUGCCGGCAGCAAAUCUUCCGACACGAAACCGACCGGUCCGCGGAUGCCGCAGCAAAUCCUGGCACAGCUAACCGAACGGCACCGUACGACGGCCGAUUUGAACCGAAAGCACGACGAAGACAUCGAACACAUCACGCAGGAGGUGAAGCUGCUGCAGAUGGAUUAUCGGGCGUGCGAGCAGCGGGCACCGGUUGCGGCGGCCAAGUACCGGUUCUAUCAGGAGUUCCGUUGCUACGUGUCCGAUCUGGUCGAGUGUCUGAACGAGAAGGUACCGCUGGUAACGGCACUCGAGCAGCGGGCGCUCGCCCUGAUGGGGAAACAUUCCGGCAUGCUGAUCGAGCGACGCCGGCAGGAUAUGCGCGACCAGGUGAAGGAGGUCACGGACGCAAACAAAAUGGUCAAACGGGCCGGUCCAGAGGAUCAGGAGCGUGUGCGAAGGGCCGCCGAGCGGGAGGGUCGCCGAACGCGGCGGCGGCGCGAUCGCGAAAAGAACGAAACGGCCGAAAGCCACUUCGACGGCAUGUCGAGCGACGACGAAAUCCCCGACAUGGACGCAGCGCGCUACCGGUCCGCCCUGCAGGCGAUCGAGCUGGAGGCGCGCGACAUCUUUGCCGACGCGGCCGAAGAGUACGGCGAGGUCGGCGGCAUACUGGAGCGGUUCGAGCAGUGGCGCGAGCACGACCUGCCCGCGUACAGCGACGCGUACAUGAGCCUCUGCCUGCCCAAGAUUCUCGGCCCGCUGAUCCGCCUCGAGCACGUGUGCUGGAACCCGAUGACGAUGGAUGCGCUGGUCGAGCUAGAGAACGAAAAGUGGUACCGCACGGCCGCCCAGUACGGCUGCUCGGCCACGACGGAGGCGGCACUCGCGGCCGAUCCGGACGUACGGCUCAUACCGACGCUGGUGGAGAAAAUAUUCCUGCCCAAGCUGACCGCGCUGGUUGAGCAGUACUGGGAUCCGCUGUCGACGACGCAAACCUUCCGGCUGGUGCGGCUGCUGAAGCGGUUCGUGCGCGACUACCCAUCGCUCCGGAGCGGCUGCCGGCCGCUCCGGGUGCUCUUCCAGGCGAUCCUCGACAAGCUGAAACAGUCGAUCGACAAUGAUGUGUUUAUUCCAAUCUUUCCGAAGCAAGCGCAGGAAGCGAGGUCGUCCUUCUUUCAGCGCCAGUUCUGCAGCGGCCUGAAGCUGCUGCGCAACAUCACCAGCUGGCAAGGGAUUCUAGCCGAUGCGGCACUGAAAGAUCUCGCGAUCGGUUCGCUGCUGAAUCGCUACCUGCUGAACGGGAUGCGCGUCUGCUCGCCGGUGGACGCGGUCGGCAAAGCGUCCACGAUCGUGUACACCCUGCCGCGCGUCUGGCUCAAUCCGGGCGCAUCGGUGGUGCAGGGCAUGGAUCAGUUCGUCACCAUGCUGCGGCAUCUGCAAUCUCAGCUCGAUCCUGCCCUUCCUCCGAAUGGCGAACUUGCCGAACAGAUACGCAAAAUUCUAACAAGCUUGCACGUGACUGCGACGUAGUGCUCGUUUGCCGGUGGGCAGCUGAAGCAAACGCGAAGCGAAGUGGUGCUUCACAACAAACACUUGCAUCCCGUUUGGAAAGCCGUUUUUUCUGAUCACUGUUUCUAGCAAUACGCGGAUGAAUGAAGAAAGCAAAUAAAGUGCUCCCGAUCGUUUUAAAAUGGAAA